AUGGCGCUCAAGCUGUUCAGUGAUACGAGAUUAUCUCCACCCACCACCCUACAGCACGGCUUUGCUGUAGAGAACUCUGACCACAGUUCUGCACAGCACGUGUUUCAAAGCGUCUUCAGACACGGUUCUGGGGGACCCGGGAGUGGCGUGAGUCUGUCUGUCCAUCUGUAUGUGGGGCUCGGGCCUAGCUCGUCCAGAGAACUGUACCUCACGCAUGCCUCACGCGCACCCCUCACCUACUCGGGUGGGCGUCGUGGGUCCUCCAGUCCCCCUGCGGGGGCCGAGCGCUGCCGCCCAUUGGCUGAAGCCCACCACGAGGCCAGCCCCGCACAGUCAUCCCCGGGGGCGCGCCGCCCACGCCUCAGUGACUCAGUGACUCUCGCCACGCUCGCUUCCCGACUCCAUUGUCUCCGAGGCCCUUGGCUCUCCUUCCACUGCCUCCGCGACAUUUUGCCCGUUGGUGGCCAGGCCGCCACUCCGCAGCUGCCCCGAGUAGCUGCUAGCCGCGUGGCUUCUGUGCCAUCUUCGGGUUUUUUUCCAGGGGAACUCCGGCUGCCAUCAUGGCUGGAUGUCGAAUUGCCAAUACUUCAAUCCGAACAUGAGAGGAGAAUGAUGUCUAUGCAAAUGAUGACCAACUCAAUAAGUGAUGCCAUGGAGAGGUACAAGGAGCUCAUACAAGCGAACAGUUCCUACCGCAUCAGGCACUCCCAGCUCCUGCGUGAACAAGCUCAAUUGAAGAACAAAAUACAGAUUUUGCUGAAUGAGAAGAGAGAACUGCUGGUGGAGCAGACUGAACUCCCAGCAUCCUCUGUGGAGGCAAAGAGGUUCUGUGAAGAGACCGGAAUGAACAUCUGUGUCCCCAGUGCCAAGCAACAGCAGGUCUGAAAUUCUCCAGCAGAAACUCAAACAUGACAUAGACCAGGACAAGAUCUCCCUUGGUGAGAAGUGGUACAGGAGGAGCGCUAAGUGUGCACAGCAAAUACACCACUAUUGCAUCUCAUCUGUAAUGUCCAUAGCAAUUGUGGACUGCAUUUUCCUCCUUUAGUUUGAUUUCUUUGGAUUGAACAGGCUGUACUUUCACCUCGCCUCUCUCCAGCAAGUGUACAGUUUUGGAGGGACCCAGAGAAGUGCUGAUGCACAUCAAUCAAGAGCUGCCGGUCAUCCAGAAAGACUGUGCACGUGUAAAUUUGUACUUGUCCUGAUGGGUCAUCCAAAAGGGUUUCAUGGAGAUCAGUUCACAACAUUGGAAAGACUUUGGGACAAAGACUGUGAUGUAUUUUAUACUCGGUAUUGGAUGGUCUUGUCCUUCAUACCCCACUCCAAUAGAAGAGACCUCCUUACAUUCCGCUUGAAAAGAUUAUUACCAUCAGUAACUGCUUGUCUAUUAUGUUCCAAGGCCAACUACGGGGUAUAAAUCUGUUCUGCAGAAUGAAUAGCAAAAGAAUGUUUAGCACAAUUCCUCUGUUUAGAUUUUGGUUUCAGUUUUGAUUAUUUUGGUUCUUUGGUUUUUCUUGUAUUCAUUUGAAAGUUUGUUAUUUAUUUGUUUUUGUUUUAUUCUUACAGUUGAUUAGCUAUUUUGAUAAGGAUAUAGACUGUAUAUAUUGACUACCCACAUCUGGUUACUAUUGAGUAAACUGGAUGUAUUCUUUUAAAUAAAACAGUGAUCUCAAACUC